AUGUCGGAAAUAGAUAAAGUUGAUCUUGUAGUAGUUGGGGCAGGAUGGUUUGGUCUUGCCGGCGCGAAAACCUAUCUUCAAGUGCACCCCAAUGCAAGUAUCAUCGUCUUGGCCGAUAAUGCAACGAUUGGAGGUGUGUGGGCAAAUGACAGAUUAUAUCCCGGAUUGAAAACGAAUAAUAUGCUCGGAGCACUAGAGUAUAGCGGAUUUCCAUUGAGCACGGAGAAAUAUGGUGUUAAACCUGGAGAGUAUAUUCCUGGUCCUGUGAUCCAUCAAUAUCUGGAAGACUUCGCAAAGGAAUAUAAUGUCUACGAUAAGAUACGAUUUGAGAGUAGAGCAGUGUCAGCUGAGCAUCAAGAUGGGGGUGGUUGGAUUGUCACGGUUGGAUGUAGCACUGUUCCUGCAUCUUUUGAAGAAUACACGAUAUCCACCUCGAAACUCAUCGUUGCGACGGGUUUAACAUCAGAGCCGUUUGUUCCUCCGUUUCCUGGAUUUGAGAGUUUCACAGCAUCGAUGUUUCAUUCGAAGGAAUUUCCAAAUCAUCUGGAUACCAUGGAGACAUCGAAAAACGUAUGUGUUUUUGGAGGCGCGAAGUCUGCUUAUGAUAUGGCUUAUGCAUAUGCCUCAAAGGGAAUCCAUGUAGAUUGGAUUAUUAGAGAAUCAGGCCAUGGUCCCGGAUGGAUGGCCGAACCUUAUUCCACGCCCCUCAAAAUUUGGACCGAAAAGCUAGUCAAUACUCGGAUUUUGACUUGGUUUAGUCCCAGCAUAUAUGGCGACUAUGAUGGCUAUGGAACAGCGCGCUCCUGGUUACAUGGCACAGCAGCCGGUCGUUGGCUCGUCGAUAAGUAUUGGGAAAAUUUCAGUAACGAGAUAAAAACGGUAAAUAAAUAUGAUGAACACCCCGAGACUGCGAAGCUGAAACCUUGGUCGAAUCCUUUUUUCAUCGGAACGAUGCUUUCGAUUUUGAACCAUGAUACGGAUAUCUUUGAACUUGUCCGCACAGGUGCAAUCUCGGUGCAUAUUGCGGACAUUGUGAAUCUAAGUGCAAAUACCAUUAGUCUUUCGAACGGUGAAAAAAUACAGACGGACGCUUUUAUCUGUGCUACCGGAUGGAAACAUAUUCCACCACUAGAAUUUCUCCCCAAAGGAAUCGAUCUUGGACUUCCUCAUACACCAAAUUCCGAGGAACCAACUGCUCUGAUAGAACGAGCCGAUAAGGAGAUCCUCUCCAAGUUUCCCCGAUUAAAGAACGAGCCACUCUCUAGCAAAAAAGCAAAGCCAAUGGAAGGAGCUCCAGAAGGAAUCCUCGAACCAUUCAGACUAUUCCGCUUCAUGGUCCCUCCCAAAUUUAUCGAGUCUCGAGACAUAGUUUUCCUGGGCUGUCUAUCAUCAGUCUCCACAUCAUUCAUGGCACAAUUCCAAGCACUGUGGGCGACUGCAUUUUUCAGCAACAAAGUCACUCUUCCUUCCGAUAUAGAAUAUCAAACCGUGCUGCACAGUAGAUUUGGGAAAUGGAGGUAUCCAUCAGGAUUUGGCGCUCGACAUCCUGAUACUGUUUUUGAUGGCUUGCCUUAUUAUGAUAUGUUGCUUAAAGAUAUGGGGUUGAGGAAUCAUAGGAAAUCGGGAUGGUUUUGGGAAAUUUUUGAGCCGUAUAGUGCUGAUGAUUAUAUUGGUAUAGAGGAUGAAUUGAGGGGAAAAGUAAAAGCGGAAACUUCUAAGGUUAAUGGAUAUUAG